GUAGGGUAUAAAGAGCUGCCAGAACAGUGUGGAAAGAAGGAAACGGUUGAUUUACUGAACAGAAGCCACAUAUGUGUUUUAGGCCUACAAGAAAGAGAGGACAUAUACAGUAACCAGGGAAACAUAAUAAGCUAUGAUUCUCCUUGUGGAUCGGACAAGAGGACAUUUUUAUAUCAGGCUUAAAAAUAUGUUGCUUUAGUCCAGAACAUCUAAUCGUCUGGUCGGAAGCGGAAGAGACAGAGCUGGUAGACUAACGUUAUAGGGAGAACAUAGAAAUAACAGACCGGUAAACUAGCUGCUCAUUUUGCAAUUAAAACCUGUCCAUUAUAUUCGACAGUCGACUAUUCUGUGUCGAUCACUUUUCCGACUAGACUGAUCGUCGCUCUGUUGGUGCUGAGACCCAGCCAUGCGGGGGUUAAAGUCAGCAGUGCGGGGGCCCGGGGGGUGCGGGGGUCCAUGUGUGUACGAGGCGGUGCCAGACGGGGGCUGGGGCUGGGCGGUGGCAGUGGCCUUCUUCUUCGUUGAGGUGUUUACCUUCGGGACCAUCAAGUCUCUGGGAGUGUUCCUCCAGGACCUCAUGACAGAGUUUGGAGAGAGCAACAGCAGAGUAUCCUGGGUCAUCGCAAUCUGCAUCUUCAUCCUUACAUUCACAGCCCCUCUGUCCACAGUGCUCAGUAACCGGUUCGGGUACCGUCCUGUAGUGAUGUUGGGGGGUUUUCUGAUCAGUGUGGGAACCAUCAGCUCUGCCUUCGUCUCCUCCAUCUACGAGAUGUACGUCACCCUCGGCAUCGUCUCGGGUCUGGGGUACUGCCUGGCCUUCCUCCCCACUGUCACCCUGCUGUCUCAGUACUUCAACAGAAGGAGAUCCCUGGUCACCGCCCUGGCCUCCUCAGGGGAGUCCUUUGCCAUGUUUGCCUUCGCACCAGCCUUCAUGGCCUUGAAGGAGGUCAUCGGCUGGCGCCACUGCCUCAUCGUCAUCGGCAUCAUGCAGACCUCCGUGAUUGGCUGCGGCGCUCUGCUUCGACCAAUCAUCAUCAGGCCUAACCAGGAAGUGUCAUUGGAGUUGUCCAAUAAGAGGAAGCUGUCCGUUAAGCUGCAGACGGUCUACGAGCUGGAGAAUGAGGAUACCCAGACCAACGUUAGCUCCGGGGAGUCUGAGGAGUCAGGGGAUUCUGGGGUCACCUCUCUGUCCGCCUCCAGUGCUGACAUCCGGGCCACCACAGCCACACAGGACCCCUCUGAGACCUGGGCCCUCAUGGAGGACCAAGGGGAGAAGAACCAGGGGGGACAGGCAACCCUUGGAACCCCACUGAAGCAGCUGGAGGCUGGGGAGAAAGAGCAGGGUGAGCUGGGUCCCCUGGUCCAACCCGCCAGACCUAAACUCCUAGACUUCUCGGUGUUAAAAGAUGGAGCGUUCAUCUGCUACUCUCUGUUCGGCCUCUUCGCCACGCUGGGGUUCUUCGCCCCUUCGCUUUACAUCAUAGAGCUCAGUAAGAGCCGUGGCGUCCACACCGAAAAGGCUGCCUACAUGCUCUCCGUAAUGGCGGUGUCUGAGGUCUGCGGGCGCCUGUCCAUCGGGGUCAUUUUAAACAAGGUGCGGAUGCGUAAGACCCAGGUGCUUCUGGGAUGUGUAGUUCUGCUGUGUCUGGUGCUGUUAGCCUUCACCCUGGUGACUGAGUUCUGGGGCCUGGCAGCCUGCUGCUGUCUCUAUGGCUUCCUGAUGGGCACUGUGGGCUCUACACACAUCCCCAUGCUGGCAGAGGACGACGUGGUGGGCAUAGAGAGGAUGCCCUCGUCCGUGGGGGUCUAUGUGUGUAUACAGAGCUUUGCUGGGCUGGCCGGACCACCGCUGGGAGGCCUGUUGGUGGAUAUGACCCAGAACUACGGCUCAGCCUUCUACUCCUGUGCUGUGGGAAUGGGCCUGGGCGCCAUCUUCCUCGCCAUGGUGGGACCAGCCAAGUCCGGCCUCUGCCACCGCGGGAAGACGAGAAAACAGGAGGAGGAGAAAGAAGGAGAGGAGGAGGAGAGGAGAGGAGGAGAGGAGGAGGAGAGGAGAGGAGGAGAGGAGGAGGAGGAGAAGGUUUCUCAGGACAGUGGAUCAACAGAUUAUCUAGACGUUGAUGUGGUUAUGGAGACCAGUCCGGCUAAAUGGUCCCUAAAACAGGAGACCAACGCGGUCUGAACAUGGUUGAAUAGCUAAGACAGAACCACAACCGGGUCUCCUUUGGAAAACAAGUAUUCUGAACUCAAUGGGACUACCUGGUUAAAUAAAGGUUAAAUAAAUAAAAAUACUUGACAUUGUUUUGCCGACCAGCGCCAAACUGACCGACCAAGGAGGACCUUGACCACUAGAUACUCACAGGUGGUUAAAAUGGAGAAGAAACGCCAAACAAAG